AUGACGCGAGAGGAGUCUUUGCACCGUCCACUGGCGGCUACAACCUUGACCCAUCGUCCCAUCAUUCAAAAGGAUUCAAAAAAUUACAUGUCCUCUUUCAGUCACCGAGAUCAGUGGCCUCCAUUUCUUUCUCCAGAACCAUGCGAGUGCAUAUCCCAAACAUCUGACCCUCAAAGGUCAUAUCAUACUCAGCCAGACGAGCAGGUAACCUCAAACGCUAAGGGCACCCUGAGGCGUCAACCCCUGAGGAAACUACGUACACUGAAGGCAGGACGCCGCAGUUCCCGCACCAAAGCCGUUGAAGACAGGCUUCGCACUCGGUACGAAGAACUAAAGGGGAAGAACCGACAGUUGUCCCUCGAGCAAGUCUUUUGCGCGCACAAUUUGAGAGGGCCAGUGCGAGUUAUCGGGUGA